AUGGGCUCCGAAUCCAUUUUCAACCGAAUCUGCAACGAUACCGAUAAGAAGAACGGAGACAAAGCAAGCGAAUUGUUGCAGAGAGCAAACUAUAUAAAGGAUAUUAACGGCUUGUAUAAUCUCCUUCCCCUUGGAUAUAAGUCCAUCGAGAAGCUCAUCGGCUUCCUAAAUAUCCACCUGAAGAGAGUCAAUUCGCAUUCUCUUUUUAUGUCCAUUCUGCAAGCCAAGAAAUGGUGGAAUAUUUCAGACCGCUCCAAACAGUAUAGCGAUGAAUUUUUAUACGUAUACAAACAGAAGCAGCAAAAAGGGGACAUAAACAGAGGCAGUGAAGUUGUGAUGAUGAAAAAAAAAAUGGAAGAUGAUGGGCUGAUCUUAAGUCCCACAUGUGAAGAACAGGCACUCUCGCUAAUCAACCAAGUGUACAAUGAAAACAUACCAGCCAAAUCACUCCCCUUGUUAAUCCAUCAGUUUAAUUAUAAAUUCAGAAAUGAAAAGAGAUUAGAAAAAACGCUAUUCAAGAGUAAGGAGUUCUUGAUGAAAGAUGGCUACUCCUUUCACAGCAGUGACAUUUGUCUGAGUGAAACGUAUGAAGCAUAUAAAGAAUGCUAUGAAAAAGUUUUUUCCGAUUUGAAAUUACCAUUCAAGGUUACGAAAAAAAGGAAAGUGGACAAAAUGAAUGCACUGGAAAGUCACGAGUUUCAAGUACUCUGCCGAGAUGGCAAGUACAAAGAAGCUGCACACAUUUUUAAAUUAGGAGAUUACUACUCCAGGAAACUAGACAUCAAAUACUUAAACAAACGGAAUGAAAAAAAUAAUAUUCUUAUGGGUUCCUACGGAAUUGGCAUUUAUCGGCUGCUCUACUUUUUGGUCGACUCUUUUUACGACGACGAGGGAAUUCGGCUACCUGAGCAGGUCGCGCCUUUCUGCGUCUACCUCAUCCAGACCAAUCAGAGGAGCAAGUAUUCCGCGGCCAAAGUGGCAAAAUUUGUGAAAAUGGCCCAGGUGACGGGAGCGGUCGAGGUGACAAACGUGCCAAAUGUGUCAAACGUUCCCAACGCGACGGCAGCCCCCCUCAACAGCAACGACGUCGAGUACGUCCUCACGCUGUGGCUCUACAACACGUUUAAAAACAGCAACGUGGACAUAUACUACGACGACACGGAUUUGCACCUGUCGCGGAAGCUGAAAAAUUGCGACUUGAUAGGAGUCCCCAAUCGAAUUAUAAUAAACCUGAGCAGCGAGCAAAAAAAGAUAAAGUUGCCCCCGGAUUUUUAUAACUACAUGGAUACAAAGAAUGCUAUUCUGUCCAACAAGCUCUACAUGACCUUUCGGGACGUCACCGUCGAGUACAAAAGUCGAUUUUCCCCGGAAAAAAAAAUUAUGACAAUUCAUCAGUUGUUCAAGCAGUUUGGGCUAAUUUAG